ACUUGAACUCGCGAAUCUCGCCCGGCGGCGUGAGACUAGGGAGGCGCGCGGGAAGACAAGAUGUCGGAGCGGAAAGUUUUAAACAAAUACUACCCACCUGACUUCGACCCAUCUAAGAUCCCCAAACUCAAGCUCCCCAAAGACCGUCAGUAUGUGGUGCGGCUCAUGGCGCCUUUCAACAUGCGGUGUAAGACGUGCGGGGAAUACAUCUACAAGGGCAAGAAGUUCAACGCCCGCAAGGAGACGGUGCAGAACGAGGCUUACCUGGGGCUGCCCAUUUUCCGCUUCUACAUCAAGUGCACGCGCUGCCUGGCCGAGAUCACCUUCAAGACGGACCCCGAGAACACAGACUAUACCAUGGAGCACGGCGCCACGCGCAACUUCCAGGCGGAGAAGCUGCUGGAGGAGGAGGAGAAGCGGGUGCAGAAGGAGCGGGAAGACGAGGAGCUCAACAACCCCAUGAAGGUCCUGGAGAACCGCACCAAGGACUCCAAGCUGGAGAUGCAGGCCCUGGAGAACCUGCAAGACCUGCAGGACCUCAACCAGCGCCAGGCCUGCGUGGACUUCGAGGCCAUGCUGCGCCAGCACCGGCUCUCGGAAGAGGAGCGGCGCCUGCAGGAACAGGAGGAGGACGCGCGGGAGACGGCGGCCCUUCUGGAGGAAGCGCAGAGGCGGCGGCUGUUGGAGGACUCAGACUCCGAGGAGGACACCGCCCCAACCCCGACUCCGGCCCGGCCAGCCCCCAGACCCAACCCCACGGCCAUCCUGGAGGAGGGGAAAAGGAAGGCAGACAGCCUGGGGGGCCGUGGGCGCAGGUCCCAGCUGGCCGGCUUGGUGCUGGUGAAGAAAGCCAAAAUGGACUCGGCUGGCCAGGCGGCCCCCAGCCCAGGAGCAAAGGCUUCGGAACCUGGAUCCCGGGAGGCGGCACCAAGUCCAGGUAACCCUGUGAACGGGAAGACGGCCGAGCUCACAGCACCCGCACCCGGCGGCGGCACCUCCUCGCUGAGCCUGCUGGGCGCCUACACGGACAGCGAGGACAGCAGCUGAGUAUCGCCUGGGUCCGGCCUCCGUGAAGGCGCGGGCACAGGCAGGGGCUCCGUGGACACUCCCCUUUUCCCCCUCCUGGUUAGCGCCAUCCUGGCCCUGCGUAGAACUUUCUGGAAUCAUUCAAAGGAACAGGCCCAAGGUGCUAGCCCUAGGGACCAACUGCUGGGCAGGUUGAGUCUCCCCGGGUCCUACUCAGGGGAGGGGAAUGUGGGCAGGGGUCCAGGGGCAAACAAGGGUCCUCCCGGAAGUGGCUGCAGCACUGCCUUCAGCCAGUCUGGGACCGGCAGGGUCGGACUGCAGAUCUGCAUUGGCCAGAGAACAAAGCAGAAGGUUCCCCAGCGGACCCCCCCCUCCUUCGGCUCCCCGUGGAGAGCGGGAGCUGGGCUAGGCGUGCACGCUGCCCCAAGCCUGGGAUGCCAUUCCUGCCUGGGUCCCUGCUGGCCCAGCCCCAGGCACCUCGGGCAUGAAGGGUGUGG